AUGGACGAGCCAGCAUUUGAGCUGUCAUAUGACUACUUGGCCAUUCCAGAGCUGCCUUUUCUGCAUGCAAAAGAAUGCACGACCAUGGUUGACAAGUCCGGUGUUCAUUUGCUGACGAUCAGGUAUUGCAAAUGCCCAAAUGCCGCUGCCCCGGACAAGCAGUUGUUUGCAAUGGGCAUGUUUCCGGCAUCAUUCAGUCGGCCAAAAUUGGCUUUCAUGUUUUCAGUGCUGGAUAAUUUUCUGCUCGAUAAUCUAGAAUGUGGGAUUUCAGCCAUGAAUUACUACAGUAAAUUAAGAAGAAUGACAUCUAGCAUAUUUCCGCACCUGGUCCCGGACCAAUACCGGGAAUUGAUGCAGGUAGGAAGGCAAUGGCAUCAACUAAAACUUCUCAAAUGGAACGGCUUUGCUCACAAAAGAAAACAGCCGCAUGCCAGUGAACUUGCUCUUUUCUGCCCAGCCUGUCCACAACCCAGCAUAAAUGCACCACAGCCUGCCAAAAGAGAGGAAAAUGAUCCGGAAUGGCUAUAUGCUAGAUCGCUGGUCAUGGACGGUAAUUUUAAAGCUGAACAUCUCCAUCCCACCCAUCCGGAAGACAAAGUAUGGUUGACCGAUGGACAGUGUUUCAUGGUCACUAGAGAUCAAUACAAGGCCCAUCUCGCCGGUGCCAAAGAAAAUGCCCAAAUGUCGGAAUGUAACAAUCACUGGGCUGUGAAUCAAGCAAAUGCUUCCCGACACAGACUGGAAGCUACAGGAAUUGGCGGUUGCGCAUGUGCUCGACAUGGCUGUUUCGUCCCCCAUUCCAUUGUCGAUUUUCAAAAAGGCGAACAGCACAUGAACAUGGACUAUGCUCUAUGUCACGCUUUGAGCCAUCACACCGAUGGACUCAGUCGAGCUUUGACAUUCUACGAUGUCAAUUGCCAGUAUAACAAGUAUUUCCGGCAUAGGGUAAAUGAAAGUCAACACUUAAGCAUCCCUGCUGGUAUGGAGAUCGUUCCGGGAAUAGGACUUUGGCAUGUUCAUGGGCAUCAGGACAAAUGCUAUGUUAGGUAUGCAUCUAUGUUUAUCACCAGGGCAGCCAGGAUCGACGGGGAGAUCAUGGAGACAUUAUGGGUGCCGCUGAAUAUAAUAUCUCCGUCUGCGAGAGGAAUGUCCACUCCCCAUCGGCAAGAAUGUCUCGAUUACCAAAUGAACGACUCAAAUUUUAUGAAAAUGAUCAGAAUGAGUGGUUUUCUAUGCCGGAAAUAUCGAGACACUGUGAAGGGCGUUUCCGAAAGCAUGGCAGUGUUUGAGAAGCUUACUGAAACUGCCGAUCACGUCAUGGUGGAAACAUGGGAAGAACAAGAUCGACAAGCACAAAUAAGUAGAACAUCAGAUCCUUCAGCAAUGGAUGUGUUCCAAGAGUUGGCUUUGCUGUCUUCCCGGGCCGGUAGCGGAGGAGGGAAUACAAAGUGCGGUGCUGCUACAUGGAUCGCAUCCGGCAUCACCAUAGAAGAGCUGCAAAUAUCUCUUUUGAUGGAUAUCAGGAGGUUGGGAAAACACUCCACCAAAACGCAACACUUGGAGAUUGUCAGACGUCGUACAAAGUUGCAAAGCCAGAUAGAUGAAUUUACUAUUGCGGCAGUCGCUCAUCUCGGAGAGGACUUUGAUCUGGAUGAUGACAUUAGAGAUAUGGAAAUCGAUUUCAUAAACGAUUCAGAUGGAGAUGGAGACAGGGAUACCGACAGUGAACAUGAUUCCGACGAUGAUCUGCAAGGGAAUUUCUUCCAUCCCGAGAAAGUGGUUAUACCUCUCCCAUCGAAUAUCGGCAUCAAAAGGUGUACUGAGUUGGGCGUAGCACAGCUUGUGGGCCAGGAAGUUGCACUUCGGGAAGGACAGGCCAACGACACCCUGCAAGCAAUCAGAGUCCUUUUGGCAGAUAAGGCUGUGCUCUUCCGCACCACAGUUCAUCUGGCAAAAUCUCAGGCAAAGUCAACUAGGGCAUGGACACAGGUACAUUCAGUGGAAAAGGUCAUUAGACUGCAAAUGAUGAUUUAUUCCAAAUGCUGGUUGCAACUGGGCAAUCUAGAAGCUCACAACCUAUUGGAAAAAUAUCUCCGGAUGGAGAAAAGUCAUCUCAAAGCUACUGCUGCUGUAGCCGAUCCCAAUGCUCGGGGACAAAGAAACUCCACACUUCCGUGGUUCUGGUCCCUUGAUGUUCAGGGAGAUUCCAUCAGCAGCGAUUGGAUGAAUGAAUUUUACAGGGUUCACUGGCUUUGCACCAAGGCAUUGCGUGAUCGAUGGUCGGAAGGACUGCAACUCAUUGAACAUGAAAUGGGUUGGACUCUGCGGUUUUUCCUCCACAAGGCAAGCACAUGGUUGUCACAGAUCACCCACAACGGCGAUCCACUCCCAGAAGGGCACAAAUGUUACGCAAUUUGGCAGGCCCACAUGUACCACGAAUUGGCCAAACAUGCACGUGCAAGUUUUCUCAAGGCAAAUCCAAUGUUCAAGAUGAUUCCUUGA